GUGGAUGGACAGCAGACGUCAUUUCCGUAUCGUCAUUCACUUUUCAAAUGACGUCAUUUCCGUAUCGUCAUUCACUUUUCAAAUUUGACGCGCCAUGCAGAUGUCAGCGGCAAAUCGCAUUAGUGUGCGUAAAGGGACGGAGCUACCACCAAUACAGAAAUGCACAGAGUGCUGCAGCCGGUAUCACUGCCCGCUGUGCAAUUCAAAAAUUUUUAAACCCACAGACCGAUACCGUGUAAUCAUUCAUUUAAAGGCUCACCUUGCGAGAUCUGUAAAAUACAAAGGUGAUGCUAUUGCAUCCAGCGGUGAAAACGGAAAUUAGCGGUGAAACGGAAAUGACGGAGAAAAUGGAAAUGACGUAGGCUGUCUAUCCACUGGUGUCCAGCCACUGGUGUCUAGCCGGAGAUGCGGAACACGAGCUCUCCCGAUGUCUGACGAAGGCGAGGGGUUCCGUGCCUCCUCUUCCUCCCCCUCCCCGCUCUCCUCCACCACCUCUCCCGCUCCUGCCGGUCAGACUCGUCUCCCUCAGCCGCCGAGACCCCUGAAGCGGCGGGCAUCUGCGCCACUUCCACGCACCGACUCGCGACCCAGAGACGCCUUUCCCCGCGAUCCGCUGGACUUGAUCGGGCGCUCGCCGGCGCGUCUAGGGCGAUGCUGCGCCGCGUCUCCGGUGCGCGACGGUCUCCAGAACCGCGGACAGCGACGGCGCUCGCCACAAAGAGCCGAUCAUGAGACGCGCAGCCCGGAGGAGUUGAUCGAGACCCCGCACAUCUGCGCUCCACCGGACACGUCAGAGGUCAUGCAUCGCAGGCACACCACCCUGCGAGAGAAGGGCCGUCGGCAGGCCAUCCGAGGCCCUGCCUACAUGUUCAACGAACGCGGCUCCAGCCUCACGGCGGAGGAAGAGCGUUUCCUUGAUGCAGCAGAGUACGGCAACAUUCCUGUCGUCCGCAAGAUGCUGGAAGAGUCCAAAACGCUCAACUUCAACUGCGUGGACUACAUGGGGCAAAACUCGCUGCAGUUAGCUGUCGGCAACGAGCACCUGGAGGUCACAGAGCUCUUGCUAAAGAAGGAUGGGUUGGCACGUGUUGGCGACGCACUUCUUUUGGCGAUCAGCAAAGGUUACGUGCGAAUCGUGGAGGCCAUUUUGGCUCAUCCGGCAUUCGCGGGCGGUUUGAGACUGACUUUGAGUCCGCUGGAGCAGGAACUGAGGGACGAUGACUUCUAUGCCUACGACGAGGACGGGACGCGGUUUUCGCACGACGUGACGCCGGUGAUUCUGGCCGCGCACUGUCAGGAGUACGAGAUCGUACACAUCCUGCUGAUGAAGGGCGCCAGGAUCGAGCGGCCGCAUGACUACUUCUGCAAGUGCUACGAGUGCACGGAGAAACAGAGACGCGACUCAUUCAGUCACUCCAGAUCGCGCAUGAAUGCGUACAAAGGACUCGCUAGCGCCGCCUACCUGUCGCUGUCCAGCGAAGAUCCUGUACUGACCGCACUAGAGCUCAGCAAUGAACUCGCACGACUCGCCAACAUAGAGACGGAGUUUAAGAAUGAAUACAGGAAGUUGUCUAUGCAGUGUAAGGAUUUUGUGGUGGGUGUUCUGGAUCUCUGUCGUGACACAGAGGAAGUGGAAGCCAUUCUGAAUGGUGAUGUGGACCAGAACCCGCCCACAGAACACCAGAGACCCUGCCUGAGCCGCAUCAAACUCUCCAUCAAAUAUGAAGUUAAAAAGUUUGUGGCUCAUCCGAACUGCCAGCAGCAGCUGCUGACGAUCUGGUAUGAGAAUCUAUCAGGUUUGCGGCAGCAGUCCAUCGGGGUGAAGUGUUUGACGGUUCUGGGCGUCACUGUCGGAUUGCCUUUCCUUGCCAUCGCCUACUGGAUCAUGCCCUGCAGCAAGUUGGGUCAGAUAUUACGGAGUCCAUUCAUGAAGUUUGUCGCUCACGCCGUGUCGUUCACCAUCUUUCUGGGUCUGCUGGUUCUGAACGCGUCGGACCGGUUCGAGGGUGUGAAGAACCUCCCAAACGAGACCAUAACGGAUCAUCCGCGGCAGGUGUUUCGUGUCAAGACCACGCAGUUCUCCUGGACUGAGCUCCUCAUCAUGAAAUGGGUUCUGGGCAUGAUCUGGUCGGAGUGUAAGGAGAUCUGGGCUGACGGGCCGCGUGAGUACGUCAUGCACCUGUGGAACGUUCUGGAUUUCGGAAUGCUGUCGAUCUUCGUGGCCUCCUUCACUGCUCGUUUCAUGGCAUUCCUCAAAGCGUCUAAAGCACAGCUCUACGUCGACUUGCACGUCCCCAACCAUGACAUCAGCAACGCAUCACUUCCUGCAGACAUCGCCUACUUCACAUAUGCGAGGAACAAGUGGAGGCCGUCGGAUCCUCAGAUCAUCUCCGAGGGUCUGUACGCCAUCGCCGUGGUCCUGAGCUUCUCUCGCAUCGCCUAUAUCCUCCCGGCCAACGAGAGCUUCGGCCCGCUGCAGAUCUCUCUGGGACGAACCGUGAAGGACAUCUUCAAGUUCAUGGUUAUCUUCAUCAUGGUCUUCGUGGCCUUUAUGAUCGGCAUGUUCAACCUGUACUCCUAUUACCUGGGGGCCAAAUAUAACCCCGCCUUCACCACGGUUGAGGAGAGCUUUAAGACUCUUUUCUGGUCCAUAUUCGGUCUGUCGGAGGUGAUUUCUGUGGUUCUGAAGUAUGACCAUAAGUUCAUCGAGAACAUCGGUUACGUUUUGUAUGGGGUUUAUAACGUCACCAUGGUGGUGGUUCUUCUCAACAUGCUGAUCGCAAUGAUUAACAGCUCCUACCAGGAAAUUGAGGAAGACGCUGAUGUGGAGUGGAAGUUUGCUCGUGCUAAACUCUGGUUGUCAUAUUUCGAUGAGGGACGGACGCUGCCUGUGCCAUUUAACCUGGUGCCCACCCCAAAAUCCUUCUAUUAUCUGAUCAUCCGGGUCAAGUCCUGCCUUAUACGACUGUGUAAGGGCAAAGGUCAUCGGCAUGAAAACGAGCUGGAGAUGGGAAUGCUCAAUUCACGGCUGAAGGCUGAUCAUCAUCGAACAAAUCUCAGGAGCCGAGAGGAGAACACUGUCAAGAAACCCAUCAAAAACCCUACAAGAUAUCAGAAGAUAAUGAAGCGCUUGAUUAAGCGCUAUGUUUUGAAGGCUCAGGUCGACAGAGAGAAUGAUGAAGUCAAUGAAGGUGAACUGAAGGAAAUAAAACAGGACAUCUCCAGUCUCCGCUACGAACUUCUGGAAGAGAAAUCUCAGGCCACUGGAGAACUGGCUGACCUCAUUCAACAACUCAGCGACAAGUUCGGCAGGAACACCAAGAAACAACCUUGAGACAGACAGACAGAUGGAGAGAGUAAUACAGUAGUUUAGGAGCAGUAUCUGGACGCUUAAACAUGUCUGAAUGUCAUUCAUUAAUGCAUACAAAAGAUGCACAAACACACUUUACAACCAAAACAGCU